AUGAAUGGAAGCUACAUUAAAGUGGCCAUCAAAUUAGUGCCUAAACAGCCAAAUGACCGAUAUCUCUACAGCCCUGAUGAGUCCAAGGCCGUACCUGUGGAAAUGGCUCUGGUGCAGAUGAUGAGCCAGCCGCCCAUCUGCAAGAACAUCAUCGUGCUCAUCGAGUGGUUUGAUGAGCCACACAGAUACAUCCUGGUCCUGGAGCGCCCUGACCCUUGUGUGGACUUGGAGAGCUUCAUUGACAACUUCGGAGAUUAUGCCGAGGAAGAGGCGGCCCGAGCCAUAAUGCUCCAGGCUGUGGAUGCAGUGAGCCAGUGCAGCAUGCGAGGUGUCCUGCAUCGGGACAUCAAAUUGGAGAACUUUCUGAUCAACACAGACACCUCAGAGGUCAAACUUAUUGACUUUGGCUGUGGUGACAGGAUCAGGAGCACUGGAUAUAAUCAUUUUGCAGGAACUCUUGAUUUCUGCCCUCCUGAGUGUUUUCUGGAGAAGAGGUAUCACGCAGAUCCUGCAACAGUUUGGUCGCUUGGUGUCCUUCUGUUCAGGAUGGUUUGUGGAUACCUUCCCUUUAAUGAGACACUGGACAUUAUUGCAGGCUUUCUGGACUUCAGAGACGGUUUAUCCAAGGAAUGCUGUAAUCUGAUUAGCUGGUGCCUGCAGCACCACCCAUCCAGGUGGCCUAGUUUGCAGCAGAUCAGGCAGAAUGAGUGGUUCCAGUGCACCGUCCAGGCUUAA